UCAAGUCACUUUCGGUCGGUCUGUUUUACAUAAAAAUUUUUACGCUCAGAUGACAAGUUUGAAGUUGACCUCCUCAAAUGCGAUGACGCGCUGAAUAUCUGGUUAGCAGAAGAGAACUUCCUUGUUGUGGGCCAUUGAAGGCACUCAUAUCUAAAUUAGAUGAGAAAACUCCUUGAUCGACAAACAACGCUCUUGGGCUUUCUAAAGUGGAAUAUUUGAUCAAAUGAGUCAGUUUAUUUGAAGCGUAUGUCAAACCAACCAAUACACCGAGCCAUCAAAACCUUACCGCUGUGGAAUCCAUUGUAAGGCCGUUUAGCGAGUUAAUUUACUACAAAUGGCAGAUGUGGAAUUAGCUAAUGCUGCAAAUGGAACAACAGCGCGUUGGCGAGCUUUGGUACUCAACGGAUCGGCAAGAAACACUGCCAUAACUACUAAACAACCAUCUCUAGGCAAAGAUUCUUCAACGUUAGAUAUCCAUGAACCCGUCGCUGACGCGAAGGAUUAUUCCGUCGACAUAGGUCUCAUUCAACGAAGGACGUACCUGCUAUCAGCGGGAAUUGGAGACACGAAUAAGGUUUUUAAUCGCAUCAAGGGAUGGAUAGGAUUGAUAAUUUGGGCCUUGAAUGUUAUUAUUCACUUUGGACUAGACUUUUACGAAGCAGUAUUUGUCUUUGAAGUGUCGUGGGCGACUUGUAUUGGAGUGUUCUUAGUAACACUUCUGGCUUGUUGUUACUCGAUGAUAAAACAUUCAGUGCCUUGGUUUAUUAAAGGAGUGAAAAAACUCAAGAAAGACGGACACUACCCGAAAACUCUACGACGUGUUUACCUUAUAUUCAAGUUUAUGCCAAUAGUUGUGGUUAUGUUUGCGAUGGGAGCCGCCAUGGGACAGUUUGGUUGUUACGCAUACGAUGGAGCCCUUAAAUUGAGCUUUUCAAAGCUUUCUAAUCAGACAGGAGUGAAAAUACCAACAGGGAUUGAUGUGCUCUUCAACAUCCUCAGAGCGACGAGCCUUUUCCACAUCUUCUAUGGCUUCUGCCUAAUUCUCGUGUUUCACAUGAGUUUAAUCUUCAUGCUUCAAAGCUCCAUGCGUGAAUUCAAUGAUCGUAUGGGUAAACUUUUCCGUGAAAACCCAAUUCAAAUCGCUUUCCCUGAAGCUGUCAAUCUAUUCUCUGCAAGAGCAAAAUUUGUCCGCGAAGGGAGUCAAAAGAGUACGGUUGUUCUUACCACUCUCUUGGUGGCCUGUAGUGCUUCCUUCGUUCUUAAUGCUUACAACUUUUUAUUCCUGAAACGCUUUGCUAUUUACGUGUGGUUCGCCAUCGCUCCCCUCAUCUGGGUGGUUUGUCCUCUGACCGGAGCGGCCUGGGUUACUAAGACUUACGUGAGGUACAAGUUAGUGGUGGUGAAUGCGUGGGUGGAUAUACCUGAGGAACACGAACUUGAGGCUUCUGCGCAUGACUUCCUGCAUCAGACCAACUCCGACGGUCGCUCCAAGUCUCCCUCUCCCUCCCUAAAGAAGAAAUGGGGCUCCACAAUAAAACGGUUAGGACAGAAGGAACCAGUGCAGCAAUCCACCACAAAGGGGAAGGAUUUUGUUGGAGUUAAUAAUCCAGGCUAUAAGAACGACGAUACCAACAAAACUACCGUCCCAACUGAAACAAAAAGAGCAAAUUCAAGGAAAAACAGCGAAAUAUCUCUACAUUUCUCUGCUGAUGAGAAGACAUCGAAGGUCAAAAGAGGAUCCUUCCAUGGCACAACGCUCAGUAAAACCCCUGAGAUACUACUCACGGAUUGUGAUCAAGUCUCGCAAAAUGUCGUUCCCGCUCAAGAGUUCUCCUACGGAAAGAUGAAAAGAUCAAACAGCGAUUCAGCAUUGACAGACGUCGAAAAAGUGAACAGAUCAUUUUUACAUCAGGACGUGGUUCAAGGUUCAUCAAGUGAAAACGUCUCAGAGGAUGUACCCCAGACGCAUGUGGUGCGAAUCGACAUAGAAGGCUCACAGUCUUCAGAAAGUCAAGGUAACCAAACAACUUCCGUUUCCGGUGAUGCUUUCACGACUUCCUCUGAAUUUCAAACCAGUUUUUCCACUUCAACGCGAAGCUCUGAUGGCGAGCAGUUAAAAGUUCCUGGCCAAGAGGAAAACGCUAGUGGAACGAACGAAAACAAGGAUUCUCUUCCCAAGACAAAUUUUCUUACUGGAAUGGCGAAGACUUUUCAUCAGUGGAGAACAAAAACAAAGAAAAAGAGGAAGUUUAAUUACGAAAAGUACAUUAUAUACCUGGAAAGCAUUCUGCCAACUGUGGGUUUUUCAAUCGGGGGAGUAAUAAUAACAUUUAACGGAAUUUACACUUUUAUUGUAGUUUUGUCCUUUUUAGUCGGGGUUUUCGCUCAAGAAGCCUUUUUCGGGAAUUAAAAAAUGACAGGGGAAAGAAAAACAAAUUGCGAUUAAAAAGGACCAUUAUGGGAGUAGAGGGAAAAAUAUGGGAGUCGGUUGAGUAAGCUUGAAAGUACAGGAAAUUAUUUUAUGUAAAUUAUUUAAAUUGAAUUAAUUUUUAUAUUUAUACUAAAACUAUCAGGGUCGGCUAAAUUAUGUUGAUGAAAAAGUCGAGUUUUUCUUCUAUACUAUUACAUUUGUAUCUUUGGACGAGUAAGAUGAGUAUAUAGUGGGUUUUUUUUCUAUGAACAAUAAUGUACAUCGCUUGAUUCAAUAAGCUAUUUGCGAGAUGCCUCAUGCCUAUGCUUUAAGGCCCGGAUAAGUGCGAUGCCCUUCACCAGAAAAUCAUUUCUUACUCCUGUACAAAUGAAAGUCAUUUUCUCAAGAAAGAUUUUGCACAUAGCCUCGUUUUGAAAGUGAGGGCUUUUGAAACUCGGAAAUACCCAAUUUCUGUACGUGUAACAUAGAAAUUUAGUCUCGGUUUGAUCAUUACAUAUUUUUUUUUACAUUGUGGCGUCGCUCCAUUCAAAGCUGUCCGUAAACAUCUGCCAGUGGUUCGUGCAAAAUUACAUCAAUUUUCAGUUUAAUCCACCAUCAGAGAAAAAGUUAUGUGAAUAUUGUUUUUAAAUUCAUUUUCAUUCAUUUAAAUUGUUGUACCUGGUGAAGUGUUAAGUUUUUUGGCUCGAUCUGAUAAAAUCAUAAAUGAAAGUCAUCAUAAAAUCAUAAAUGAAAGUCAUCAUAA